AUGGAAGAUGACACCAGAGACGUUGAGUUGUCUCUGACACCAUUGACUUCUCUUGCGGGCGAGAAAACGCACACUGGGAGAGACCUCGAUGACUUCCUCGUGCGGGCCCUGGCGCAGUAUGGUGAAGGCUCUUUCAGGAAAGUGACGGCCGAAACGCUCGCGAAAACCGCCAUCGCACCGCCCGCAGAAAGGAUUGAAGAUACCGAUGACAAAGCAAGCGACGACCGACGUGUGGAAGCCGUGAGAGCGAAUUUGAUUGGCCUUAUCAGUAAGGCUCAGAACGAAAUGUCAUUGUCGUUGGAUUUCUUGUCUCUCCUGGUCUCCAUGGCGAAGCCUGCUGCGGCCGGAGUUACCAUGUCUCCUGUCUUAAAGGAGAGCGUCCAGCCGGGUGGACUCGGUACAGGCCGAAUCCAGAAAGCAGCAAAGGGAGAGGACCUGAGUGUAUGCAGAGGAUGGAAGAAAAAGGCGCUCGGCGAUGCUUCGGAUGCACUUUUGAACGCUGCGGCUCGUUUAGAGGCAAAGUCCGACACGGAGUUCGGAGUAUGGCAUGACCUUUUGCAGUUAAAAGAACAGGGGUGGCCUCUUGUUAAAUUACCAGGCGGAGCUACUGGAAGAAAUCUUGGUCUUCGGUUCAACUAUCGGGAUGCUGGCUCAACGUAUGGUGCGAAAGGUGUCGGCAUAUUUACUCGAAGUUCAAACGGAACUCUGGACUUUGAAAGCGACAUCACUGUAGACGCACGACGAAAUAGCCUUCGCGUUCGCGUCUUGCGUGGUAAUGGAGACGUUUUGGCGAGCAGGAAAUGGCAGGAAGACCGGGAAGAUGAAGCACAGCGCAACGCUGUUGAGUUCAACAUUCAUCAAGCGAAAGACUAUUUGUUCGAGGCAGAGCUGUUUUUAGAGAUUCUACGAGAAGCCAAGAACCUCGCACAUGCCGACAUACGCGUAUCAGACGAUACCAUCCUGAUUCCUUUGAACAAUAACGUUGAACUCGCUAUCGACUUGGCUGCGCGGGAUGUCGAAGAGGUCGCAGAAGAAGCUCGCAUGAAUGGCUUCACUGAAUACUGUCAUGCUGUUUUGGCUGCAACGCACAUUCUUCUUGAUCAUGCACAUAAGGUGCAACUUGGCAGAAUGCAAGCUCCACCAACAGUACUUCAGCUACGAGCAACACCUCAUCAACCUCUGGUUCUCCGUCCGCUCGUUGCACAUUUGCGUCAUCAAACAGCGCUGGAGGCCCUUGUUGUAGAAAUAGAGACGAUUGCAGCAGCUUUGCAGAAGGCUUCCUUUGAUGCAAGAGCGCAUGUCACGAAACGCUCGAACAUUGGUGCUUUGGCUGAAGCUCAAGACACAAUGCAGCUCGUGUCACAGCUCACUGGGUCCCCGGAAAGUAAGGUUCAAGUUGCUGUGGCCUCGAAAAAGUUGGUGGAGAUAACACUGCGAACGCCGAAUUCCGGAAGCAGUCACAUGUAUGCCAUUGAAGCUCAGUGGCGUGACAACUCUGAAUCAGUAAGGAAAGCAACGUUAGUCACAUUGGCUGACGUUGGUGCAUUUGCCAGAGAAGUGGCCCUCCACAAUAUCAUUGAUAAUGUACUGGAAGUUGGAAACCGGCAAUGGAAGAAAUUUGGAGAACACGAGAUAGCCGGAAGGGCGAUGUCAAAUGGGGAAGCGCGCCGGAUACGGGUUGUGUUUGAUGACGGCAACUUCGCCAUUAGGUAUGGCACUCAGAUAAUGAAGUGCUUGGAGAAGCCUUUGACAGAUGUUGUACGCGAAAUCUUUUCGUAA